AUGGUUACCGAAAGUUAUCCAAACGAGGGAGGGAGAGGACCGGGAACCUGGGAUUUCUUCUUGGAAGGUGAACCGGCGGUUCGAUCCUACUUCAUGUACAAGGAUGACGUGGAAUGCUUGAAGAAAUUUAAAGCCAACGGCUACAGAUUCUCCAUUGCUUGGCCCCGACUACUUCCAAACGGAACAUUGAGUGGUGGUGUCAACCAGGCGGGGAUCGAUUUCUACAACAAUUUGAUCAACGAGCUGGUUGCUAAUGGGAUCAAGCCAUAUGUAACAUUGUUCCACUUCGACCUUCCCGUGGCGUUGCAAACAGCAUAUAAUGGCAUGCUGAAUUCAAGUUUUGUGAAGGACUACACAGCCUACGCUGAUCUGUGCUUCAAGACAUUUGGAGAUAGGGUGCAGCACUGGAUAACUCUGAAUGAGCCUGAAGUUUUUGCGGCAUAUGGGUACAUGAUGAACUUGUCAAUCUCAGUUGAUGCAGCAACAUUCCCCUACAUAGUUGCCCAUCACUUGAUUCUAGCUCAUGCUAGUGCUGUUAAAGUCUACAGAGAAACUUACCAGGUUUGA